CACAAGUCUUAUAUUAAAUGGUUCGCUAAAGCUAAUAUAUAUGCAAGGGGGAAGAAGAGAGGAAGAAUAUCACACAAAAGAAAAACCAAAAUAAUCAAAAUCUCCAUUUUAGCAACUAUGAAUUCUGUUGGUGUAUUUCGUAAGGAGGAAAUUGAUGGAAAAUCAUUUUUGGUAUACACAUUAACACAAACAGACAACCCAACUUCCUCCGGUGAAGCACUAGCCAUGGAUUCUGGUGGCGACGACCUCCCUCUUCAACCUCUUUUUUUCUGUCCUGCUGCACGUAUCAAUUUUCAUAAGCUCAGACUAAAGAUGCACAAUCAUGAUGAUGAUGAUGAUGCUGAAGAUGACGAUAACGGAGAUGACAAAGAAGAUGGCGAUGAUGACAACAAAGGUGAUGAUGGUGAUGAUGACAACGAAGAUGACAACGAAGAUGAUGACAACGAUGAUGAUGAUGAUGAUGAUGAUGAUGAUGAUGAUGAUGAUGAUGAUGAUGAUGAUGAUGGUGAUGAUGACAACGAAGAUGGCGAUUGCGAUGACGAUGACGGUGACUUGCUUCUUCCAUUCGAUUCCACCCCUCACUUCCCCAGCACAAGAAGUGGUGAUCAACAAGGUGAAUCUUUGCUUGAUUGCAACCACCCAGACGUUUGUAAGCUCCCUGUAGUCCCUCUUUUUUGGUGCAACAAUAAAGAACGUUCUACUGUUGGAUUCGAGUGCGGUGCAUGUAAAAUGACAACGCUCUGCGAAAGCUAUUUUGCAUGUCUCCAAUGCCAAGGAAAGUUCCACAAAGAAUGUGUUGAGUCUCCACCUGAGAUCAAACACCCUUCCCACCCCUUUCAUUCUCUUCGACUUUGCAGUUUUCAAACGAGGCUUACUAGCGGUUGUUGUAGAAAAAUUACCUUUGGCAUGUUUUAUCAGUGUACAACCUGCAAUUUGAGUAUGCAUCCCGUCUGUGCGAUGAGGCCAGUACCCUUGGUUGUAGACCAUCCUAAAAGCCAUCCCCAUCCUCUCUCCUUUUUCCCUACACAAGCUUCUACAGUUUGCCAUAUUUGUGCCAAGAUUAAGCAUCUUGAUCCCACAUAUAUCUGUAUCCAAUGUGUCUUCGUAAUCCAUAAAGGUUGUAUGGGUUUCCCACAUACCAUAAGAAUAUCUCGUCACCCUCACCGUAUCUCUUUUACCUCUUCCCUUCCAUCUAGAACGCUGUCUUGUGGAGUCUGUCAUCAACAAGUUGACAACAAUUAUGGUGCAUACUCUUGCAAUAAUUGUGACGGUUAUUUUGUUCAUUCAAAAUGUGCAAUACAUCCAAAAGUGUGGGAUGGAAAAGAACUCGAAGGAGUACCAGAAGAAGAUGAUUUGAUAGACGAUGGUGAGCCGUUCGAGAGGAUAUCUGAUGGAAUUAUACACCAUCCUUUUCAUAGUCACCACUUGCGACAUGAGAUGAGCAUAACUUAUGAUGAAAGUAAGUAUUGUCAAGGGUGUGCUCUUCCAAUCUAUGAAGGUCAGUUUUAUUCAUGCAUGGAAUGUGACUUCAUCCUCCAUGACAGUUGUGCAAAUGCUCCACGGAUGAAACGGUAUCCUUUAUAUCCACAUCCAAUAACACUUAAAUUUGCCACCGUGAGAAAUAAUAGUUUCACAAGUCAAUUUCGUUGUGCUGUAUGUGAUCGUCAUGGUAAUGGUUUCUUCUAUGAGCAUCACGGCGAAGAUAAAAUGUUCCGGCUAGAUUUACGGUGUGCCUUGAUUACCGAACCGUUGGUAUAUCAAGGCCACAUGCAUCCCUUAUUCCUACUGUGGGACGACACAGAGAGUCUGAUAAGUUGUCAAAUGUGCAAAAAGAAAAGCUACUAUUCACAACUGUUUUGCCUGGAAUGCGAGUAUUCUCUAUGUUUGCGUUGUGUUACCUUCCCAUAUAAAGUAAGGUAUAAGCAUGAUAGUCAUUUUCUCACAAUUUGCGAUGUGAAGGAGGCAAGUGAUGAACUAGACUGGUGUGACAUUUGUGAAGGCAAAAUAGAAGAAGAGAAAGAAAAGGAAUAUAAUUGGGAUGAUAGAGAAAGAGAGCUACGAUUCUAUAAAUGCAAUGAUUGUAGCACUGCUCUUCAUGUUGAUUGUUUGCUUGGUGUAGACAUGUACAUGAAACCUAUUACAGACUACAUUUCUGUCAUCACGCUCACAUCUAAGGGUACGAAACGGAAAGAUCUUUGGAUUUUUCUUAACAACUCUCUCACUCGACCAAUUUGCACUACAUGCUUAAGUCGUUGUCCAUUCCCAAUAUUUUUCAAAGGGCACACCAAAAUCUUCUGUUCUUUGUAUUGUAGUGAGGACUGAUCAUCAAACUAGUUAUCUCUUUUCUCUGUCAAUCUAGUUAUCCCUUUUCUUUGUCAAUUUGAAGUAUUUUUGUUUUGGGUUUGUUGUAUUUCUUAAUUGGUGGAUAUGUUAAAAUACAAGAUAUUUGUGGUUGUGUCUU